ACCGGAAACUUCAGGACUCUUAUUUUAAAGGGUUGACAUCUAGGGAAGAAGCGUUUCCUGUUUAGUUCGGUUCCGUCGUUCCGGUGCUCGGUGUGUUGAUGCUGCCGCGGCUGUUAGUGUUCCCAGCAUCACCAUGACCAAACUCCAGCUGCUGAACGCCUACCUGACGGAGCGGCUCACGGCGGUGGUGAAGGAGGUUCUGGACGUGGUGGAGGACACGGUGGCGGAGUACCGCGAGGAGACCGCCAGAACCAGGCGCGAGAACGAGAGCCUGAGGAGACAGCUGCGGGACAUCCUGCUGCUGGAGGCCGAGACUGAAUGGCUGAGGUCGACACAGUCAGGCCUUAAUUUAGUAGCUCCAGAGCAGCGCUCAGGAGAUCCAGACCCUAGGACCCUCCCAGAGGAGGCAGACUCCACCCUGAACCAGCCCAGACAGCCAGCAGUGAAGCAGCAGGUGGUUCCUUUGCAGCAGCUGCCACUUCUGAAGGAAACCCCGCUGGUGCCGAUCCACCACCCUGAAGACGUAAAACCAGCAGAUCUCUGGGAAACCGUACUAAAAGCGGACCCAACACGAACUUCACCGCCUGUGUCGCACGCCUCCCAAAAUCCUCCCAAAGUCCACGCCGAGGUUCCGGUGCUGAGGGAGGAGCCACAGGCCUCUGCGCCGGCACAGAUCAAAACCGAACACGAGGAGGUGAAGGAGGACGAGGGUCAUGUGGAGUCUGUGACGACGAGUGCUCACAUCUCAGUGGACGAGUCGGGCGUCUGCAGCGGAGUGGAGGCAGAUGAAGCUGCACAGGAAUCAGACCAGCAGGACACUCCCAGAACCAGGAUGUCAUCUGAGGAAUCACUGCAGGCUGACGGCAUCAUGGCUGGCAGUUUCAUCCCAGAACUCGUGCAUCGCUGCCCACGCUGCGGCGAUGCGUUUAGCCACGCCUCUGGCCUCACGCUCCACCUGGAGCAGAAGAGAAAGACCUACGCCUGCGACUGGUGUUGCAAGUCAUUCGCUCAGUCAGCCGACCUGCGGCGCCACCUACGCACGCACACGGGUGAGCGGCCGCACCGCUGCACCUUUUGCUCCAAAAGCUUCAGCCAGAGAGGGAACCUGCGGCGCCACCUGCGCAUCCACACAGGUGAGCGUCCAUACAGCUGCCCCUUCUGCUGCCGGACCUUUAGCGAUGGCGACACCAUGAAGAAACACAAACGCACGCAUUCAGGAGAGAAACCGUAUCGCUGCGCACGCUGCUCUAGAACCUUCACUAAUGCCAGCAGUCUGCAGCUGCACCUGAGGAAGGACAUGUGCUUUGUAGGCAGCGCGUGAUUGGCUGAGGCAGGACAGAUGGGUCAUGAGGUAUCCCGUACACGUGACAGUUUUCAAACCAGACAAGGGUGAAGUUCUGAGAUGUUCUCUAACUUGUUUUUCUGAUCAGAACCACUGGCACCAAAUGGGUUCAUCAUAUAAAAAACUAGGAUCAGUCCAGUCUAAAGCUACAUUCCACCAGAGCAGGAGCAGGUGUGUCCUCUCUGGGCUUCUGUAACAACUAGUGUGUGUGUGUGUGUGUGUGUGUGGUUUGUGAUGAAGACUCCUUCGUACCACUAAGCAUCUUCACGGACUUCUGCAGGUCUUUCCUGGAUGUGAUGAACUUUACAGGAAGAUUUAUUUUUCUGUGAAGAUGCCGUUUUUCUUUAUUUGCACUUUUCAGUCUUCGCUGAAGCUCAAGUUUCAUUUCUGUGUCCCGUUUGUGUCCAUCUGCUGGUUUAGUUCAGAAAACAAAGGUUUUAGAAGGUUUCUCAUACAUACAAACACCAGAAAAACAAACUUAAUCAUGAAUAAAAACACAUUUGUUGGUGGAUGCAGAAAGCUGUGGGUGGUGAGGUGGGUCUGACAAACUGGGUUUACUCACAAAUGGGUUCUGGAGGAGUGAAAUCUAUUCUUGGGUCAGGUGUGGUUCCUGGGAGUUCUGAUGGGAUAAAAAAAAACUCACAUCUGCUCCAGAGGUGGGGGUCCUCCUACCUAAAAAGGGGGACCACAGAGUGUGUUCCGACUACCAGCUCUAGACCCUUAGGGGGUCCUGGAGGGUGCGAGGGAGUUCGCCCAACCACGUUACGUGUUUUGUGGAUUUGGAGAAGGCGUUGGACUGCGUCCCUCGAAGGGCCCUGUACUCUGGGACUAUCAUUCUCUGGCAUGACUGGUGUCAGAGCUUGGUCCGCAUUGCCGGCAUCAAAUCGUGCUCGUUCCCGGUGAGAGUAGGACUUCGAAAGAAUGAAAUUGCGGAUUUCAGCUUCCAAAAUGAGUUUUCUCCGCAGCGUGUCUGGGCUCUCCCUCAGAGAUGGGAUGAGAAGCUUGGUCAUCCAGGAGGGGCUUGAAGUAGACCUGCUGCUCCUCCACAUUAAGAGGAGCCAGUUGAGGUGGCUCAGGCAUCUGGUCAGGAUGCCUCCUGGACGCCUCCCUGGUGAGGUUUUCCAGGCACUUCCAACCGGGAGGAGACCCAAGGGAAGACCCAGGACACGGUGGAGGGACUAUGUCUCUCACCUGGCCGGGGAACGCCUUAAGAUUCCCCCGGAGGAGCUGGCCCGUGUGGCUGGGUAGAGGGAAGUCUGGGCCUCUCUGUUUAGGCUGCUGCCCCCGCGACCCGACUCCGGAUAAGCAGAAGAAAAUGGAUGGAUGGAUCUUUUCCAGAGAUCCUGCUGCUGAACCUCAAAGUCAUCACGUGAAAAUGAGAAAUGUUUGUCUGGUCUGGAAUGUUCAGUUUGUCAGACAACAGCGAUGAUGUCGCGACAUUAGGGCAUUGUUCGGUUCAAAUGAAAACAUGAACGAUUCUGUUGUGUGAGGACUGGGUUAAAGUUAAAGCCCCAUUAGUUGUCACACACACAGGUGUGUGUGUGACAUUCGUCCUCCGCAUUUGACCCAUCCCCUGGGGGAGCGGUGAGCUGCAGACACGGCCGCGCUCGGGAACAAUUUGGUGGUUUAACCCCCCAAUCCAACCCCCUUAGUGCUGAGUGUCAAGCAGGGAGGCACUGGGUCCCAUUUUUUUGAAAGUCUUUGGUAUGACCCGACCAGGAAUCGAACCCCGAUCUCAGUCUCAGGGCGGACGCUUUACCACUAGGCCACUGAGAAAGGUGGAUGGCAGUAACCCCUGAAGGGAAAAGAGAAAACCUUUCUGUGUGUGACAGAGACGAGGUGCAAAGCCAAGUCCUUCAUCCAAAAGCUGAAACGACUUGUUCUGCGUACUCAGAAGAAUUGAAGGAAAUGUCAGAAAUGGGAUAUAAAAAAUAAAAUAUUUACUAAAUUAACACAUUAGAAACUGAAUCAUAAUGAAACCAGCACGAAUUCAGCGCCUCCAUGUCUUGUGUUUGCAAACAGACUCAGCAGUAUCAGCCUGUCAGAACUACCCACAAUUCCCAGCGGUUUAAGAUUCAGCGUGCAUGAACCUCUUUUCAAAUAAACUUCAACAUGUAUGUUUGAGACUCUUAUUUUGAAGGAAGUUCAUUGAGUUCUGCUGCAGCAGUAAAUACUCAACUCCAUAUCCAGUAAAACAUCUGGAACCACCAGGUUCUGCUCUUCAGACGCCACUGGAAACACUUUCAGAUUUAGUUUAGACAUUUCCUCUGCUAGCUUUUCCUACAAACGUUGCUCCAAACCGCUGUUGGUGGGAGAAACGGAGUCGCUUCAGAAGCUGAGAUUUGUUUAAACUCCUGUUGUGAUUGGCUGGACUCAUCAGAUUCUCUGUGACUCUUCAGAAACAGUCCAAAUACGGGUGGUUCUGAUCCAAACAUGUUCUGAUUCAAAACUCCAGAGUUGAUCAAACUCUGAUUUAAUAUAAAAUAAAUUACUUAAAUCUGGAUUUAAUCCACUGUGAAGUGAAUUUUUAUACUUUGAUGUUGUUUCUUCAUGUUGCUCAUUGAUGCUAAAUUUAUUUCAAAAUUGUUUGAUAAAAAAUCAUAAUUAAAAUGAAACCAGUUAAUUGGUUAUUUUCAAAUAAAAGCUUCAAUAUUUUAUUUAUCGAUAUUAAAAGUUGUGGUUCAGCUUUAAUAGGAUAGAAGCUGCAGUGGGUUAGAGCCAGGUCAGCUGUAAACAUCGAUGACUUUACAGGAGGUCAGAACAACACGUCACUGAUUUAAAUAAACCUGACCUGAUUCCCUCUAAA